AUGAAGAACUUCGUUACCGUCGCGGCUUUUGCUGCCGGUGCCAAUGCCCUCGUUGGCAGGAGCAACAGCUGCUGCUUCAGCCUGAACGCUUCUGGCGGUGCUUCUGGUACUCUUGGCCAGCUUUCUGACGGUCAGAACCGUAUUGGUGAUGACAGCCUGAGCCCUGCUCAGUACUGCAUCGACUCCAACGGUGCCAUCACUGAUGGUAACGGCCGUGGCUGCAUCCUGACUCCUCCUACCACUCAGUUCCAAUGUGACGAGGGUGCCACCCCUACUCCCGGCUUCUCCAUCAACUCUGAGGGUCAGCUCGAAUACAAGGGCAACACCAAGUUCGUCGCUUGUGAGACUGGUCAGAACGACGGCCUGAAUGUCUACACUGAGGAGAGUGACGCUGUCACCCAGUGCCAGGACGUCACCCUCGCUGCUGACUCCUGCUCGGGAUCCGGCUCUGGCUCUGGCUCUGGCCCCAGCUCUUCGGCCUCUCCCUCUUCGCCUGCUCCCAGACCUACCAGCUCGGUUCCGGUUGGCUCUGCUUCAACCCCCGCUGGUUCUUCGCCUAGCGGCGAGGCCCCUGUCGUUAUUCCCGUCUCCUCGGCUCCUGGCUCUUCCAAGCCCAAGACCACUGUCUGGACCACUGUGACUUCCUACGACUGCAGCACCACACCUGGUGUUCCCGUUGAGACUCCCUCUGGCCCUCAAUCUCAGACCGUUUCUGGUACCCCUGGUGUCCCCGGUGGAUCCCAGCCCUCUGGCACUCCUGGUGUUCCUGGCGGUUCUCAGCCCUCUGGCACUACUCCCGUUCCCUCUGGUACCGCUAGCGUCCCUGGCGGUUCUCAGCCUUCCGAGUCUGCUCAGCCCUCUGGUACUGCCUCCAGCUCUCAGCCCUCGGGAACCUCCACUGGAUCUCAGCCUUCCGGAAGUGCCUCUGGCAGCUGCCCUACUAACCUCAACGGCGAAUACACUGCUCCUCACCUGAUCAUCCCCGUUGACUCGUCGUCGCCCGACAACGCCCCCGGCACCUCCUUCAACGGUACCAUCUCGUCAGACAAGACAACCCUUUACAACUUUGACGUCCCUCAGUCUUACGCCGACAAGACCUGCAGCCUUGUCUUCCUCUUCCCCAAGCAGGAGGACCUUGAGACCUCUGCUUUCACUUUCAGCGGUGACGGCAAGAUCGACUUCGCUUCUCUCGAGUCGGCUGUGACCACCGACACCAGCUACAGCAACAUGCCUAGCGUCAAGGAGGACUACGGUGUCACCACUGUCGCUCCCGGCAACUCCUACGUUAUCUCGACCUUCUCGUGCCCCGCUGGUGAGGCCGUCAGCUACGAGAUGAAGAACUCUGGCAGCACCUACCUCGACUUCUUCGAGGACUACAACCCCUCUCCCAUCGGUCUCUACAUCACCACCUGCUAA